CCCUGAACCAAAAACCCUCCAAAUCACCCAGGUCUGCACAGACACAGCAUCUCGGCCAUUUUAGCUUCAAGCCUUCCCCCACCGAGCCUUCGCUCUUGGCGACAUCCCCGCGGCGUCCGGUGCGCAGCGUCCGAUGUCGAUCGUGGUGAGCUCGGCGGCCUCGGGGGAAGAACUCGUGGCGCUGACGCUGGAGGACUUGGAGAACGAGGACUUGGAGUCGAAGGACUCGCCCAAGGAUGUGAAAAUGUUGAAGAGAUGUUUGACCACUCGCCUUGGAUAUCCCAGAUUCAGGCAGCGUCUCUUGGACCAUGAGGGCCUCCGAAGCGACGCGGCUCCGCUGCUGCAACCGGACGCGCUCCGCGACGCGGCGGAGGGCCCUCCCACGGUGCGGCUGCAACUGGUGCUCUUGGACUUUCUGCCUCCCGAGAGAGAACGCGACCAGGAGUUCUUGGCAGCCUGUGCUGAGAAUCGAGCAGAGGCGGUCGAAGAGAUGCUCCAGUUACCUCAAAAUCCCAACACGGUCGCCUUGGCCAAUGGAAGAGGAGCACUGCAUCUCGCAGCAGAGGAGGGACAUGUUUCAUGCCUGCGGCUCUUGCUGGAAGCCAGGGCAGACAAGGAUGCUGCACUUGACGAUUACACACCCUUGCAUUUGGCCACUCGCAAUGGACAUGUGGAGGUGGUGGAGACCCUGCUGAAGUUCGGCGUCGAAAAGGACACGUCGACGCGCGAGGGCGCCACGCCGCUGCACGUGGCGUCUCUGCAGGGCCACGCGGAGGUGGUGCGAAGCCUCUUGCAGGCUGGUGCAGACAAAGACAAGGCCACCUUUGAUGAAGGUUUCACCCCUUUGCACUUGGCAUGUCAUCGUGGCUCACUGGAGGUGAUUCAAAUGUUACUAGCUGCUGGCGCCAACAAAGACACGACGUUGAGCAAUGGCCAGACGCCGUUGCAUUCCGCUGCCAACGUGGGUCAUUUGGAAGUGGUACGGCUGUUGCUUUCGGUGGGUGCGGCAUAUGUGUUGACCCCCGACGGCCUCUCACCGUUACAUGUGGCAGCGCAUGAGGGUCACGUGGAGGUGGCGAAGGUGCUUCUGCAAGAGCCCAAUGAGGACCUCACAUCUUCAGUGGCCUGGAACUGGCGCAAGGAGGACUUUGUGGAGACUUUUUGUUGUCACUUUUGUCCAUGUGAGACGUUUCUACGAUGCACACAAAUGCCCCACUUCUUCAUAGGCUCAGAUGCUUAGAUGCUUUCUUUGAUUAAGAUCACUUCUCAACUGAACUGCCCUAAGAACCCUUGGACAUCCUUGGACCCUCAAUUCAGGGGGGUUGUACCCGGGGUUGGGCCCCGAAGCGGUCGAACGUCUGGAGCCCCGGCCCUCGUAGCGUCCGAUCGCUCCGGACUCGAGUCGCGAUGGUUUGUGCCUGGAACGAAGAAAGUCCAACUGCAACGAGACUUGAACUGAACUGUUGAACUGUGUUUUGGCCACGAAACUGAACUUUGCCACCUUUGGUGACGAAGAAAGCCGAACAACAGGUGACGCCUUUGCACAUCGCUGCUCAUGCUGGGCACUUGGACAUGGUCCGACUUCUCCUCAGCGUGGCCGCCGAUCUGAAUCAAACGACGCCCAACCGGGGUGCUACGCCGCUCCACGCGGCAGCUCAGGAGGGUCGCUUCGACGUGGCCGAGCUCCUGCUGCAGCGGCGGGCGGACCUUCGCCGGGCCACGGACACGGGGUGCACCGCGUUACACGUGGCCGCGCAGAAGGGCCACGGCUCGCUGGUGCGUUUGCUCUUAGACUUUGGUGCCGAUCCCAAAGUGAAGACCGUCCAUGGUGCCACCGCCUUCUCCUUGGCGGUGGGAGAGAAUCACUCCGACGCGGCGCAGUUGUUGAAGCCCAAGCGACGGCGACUUCAUGUGUGACGGGCGACGGGCGAAAUGCUCUGACGGUGUCGACCCGAACGGCGAGAUCGAA